AAAGCAACGUUUUGCUUAUAAAUAUUUUUAGUCAUUUCAUUUGAUCUGUAUAAUUGUUUGAAAAAUUCAAUAAUUGUUAAAAAACAAUGAUUUCCAAUAAUCAUUUCAAUGUUACAAGAAUUCCGAGCAAAAAUAAUAAGCCUAUGAUCGAAGUUACUGAGAUUAGUGAUGGCCAAUCGAAUCAUAGUGCACAUGCUGAAGAGAAAAACCUUUUGUCUACAAUUGUAAAUAAUGCCAAUUCGAAAUCAGCUCCAAUCAUAUUGACAAUAAUCAAAUUUCGUCAGUUAAACAUUGAUAAUGCGCAUACAAUGAAUUCAGAUGAAGAAUUCCAGCAAACAGCUUCGUUUUUAAUUGACAUGUUUGAACAUCUUGAUUGUACGGCAUUAAUUCAUCCUAACUAUUUCAGAAGUCAUCUAAUUUUGAAAAUUAUCAUAAAAUUUUGUUCAAAAUCAAUAUCCAAUGAUACGUCAUUCUUAUUGAAUGUAUUGGGCGAGUUGCAGAAAAUAUUUAGACAUCCAACUGUUCCUCGGCUGUUAAUCGAAUUUCCAUUCAAUACAAUGAAUCGUUUAAUGUCGGAAAUAUUUGCAGAGAUGCAUGUUCAAUGUAAUUUUUUCAAAUUAAAACUCAAUUCUUUGUCCAUUGGAUCGAUAGUAAAUCUUUCACAUUAUGUGAAUCGUUUGAAUAUCUUAACUGAAAGUUCGAUUGAUAUCGACUUUAAUCGCAAAAUGUUGAGACUACAUUUUUUCGUUAACAAGAUGGCCAACGACGACCUUGGAUAUCGGAUGGAAAUUAAUUUUGAAUCAAUCAAAUUUUUAGCACUCGACUUGAGCCAUUUUUCUGAUCUGAAUAAUGUUCGUUUUUAUUUGGAAUUGAAUGCUGCACCAUUUCUAUUUACAGGCAUAAAGAUCAAAGAUGGUCGAAAUAAAACAUGGAAACCCCAUUGGAAUCGAAUCAAAGAUUUUUUGGGAUGUUUUCAUGGUAAAACAGAAUCAUUUAAGCCAUUAUUGUUAGACCAACCUUUCCAAAACGAUCCAGCUUUGUUGGGUUAUGGUCUUGGGUAUCGAUUGGAUGUCAGAACCAAGAAUAGCUUACAAGUGCUCUUAUAUUUAUCUUAUACAUGUAAAGAAACGAAUCCAACAUUUUCGUUAUACAUUUGUAGCAUUAAAGAUGCUCAAUGCGCUGUUCAAAUGAAUAUGGAACAAAUCUCUCACAUGAUCAACAAAAAUUUUUACGAUGAUUUUGCCAUCAAUUAUGCUUGUAAUGCAUUAUUCUUCAAAUCGUAUGCAAUCAUUGAUUCAUUGGCAUAUGAAGAUUAUCCACAAAAAAUGAUCAGAUUUUUCAAUCAAAUCAAAAAACUGAGGAGUGAAGAAUCCUCAUCAUUUGUCGAGGAAAUCUUUUAUUCAUUGUGUUCUUCAUGCGAGAAUCGAAUUUUCGAUUUAAUUGCCGAUUUGGAUUUUCUAAAAAACGAAAAACGACAAAUAUUGGCAGUGAAACAAAAAAAAGACUAUAAUCGUCAUGACCAUGUCCUAAUGCGAAGAGUCAAUUUGACACCAUGUCGCAUCGAAUUUUUCCGUCCAAUGAUUCUACUUCGUUCGAGAUUCGCAAACAUAGCCAAUCUCGAUUAUGCAUUACGUUUAACAAUAUCCGAAGACAACAACAAGCAGUUAUGUGCUUAUCUCAGUGAUACUGAUUUCAUCAAAAAAAACAUCAAACCACAUUUAUUGAAAGGAAUUAAGUUAAGUGACCGUUUGUUUGAAUUCCUUGGUUCAUCAUCAAGCCAGAUGCGUGAUAGUGGCAUCAUUUUCUAUGCUCGUGAUGAUAAACAGCCACCCCUUACAGCCGAUGCUAUACGUGAAAUGAUUGGCGAUCUUUCCCAGUAUAAACGUAAGGUCGCCAAAUACAUCUCACGAUUGGGGCUGAUUUUUUCACAGGCCAUGACUUUUUAUCCAUACGAUAAGUCCACCAUGGUUGUCAAGACUAGUGAUCUAACGACUAAAAAUAAAGAAUUUUGUUUCUCUGAUGGCAUUGGUAUCAUAUCAAAAAGUUUAGCUGAAAAAUUCCUACCCUUAUUACGCAUACCGUCAAAUUAUUUUCCAUCAGCAUUUCAAAUCCGUCAUGGUGGUUGUAAAGGAAUGUUGGUGUGCUAUGAAGAUUUCAAAAAAGAUGUUAUCAUAUUCCGUGAUUCGAUGAUCAAAUUCCAAUCUGAAGAUUAUAAUUUGGGCAUACUUAAAUUUUCGAUGGCACGUUUACUUUACCUAAAUCGUCCAUUCAUACAGAUUUUGGAUCAGCAACGGGUGCCUAGUCAUGUUUUUCAUAAGAUUUUUACGGAGAGCACCAAAUCGAUAACUGAUGCUUUGAUGUUCGAAAAAGAUGCUUUGAAAUUAAUUAUGACUUAUAACAAUCGUAAUUUGCCGUAUAAAAAACUAUACGCUGCUGGAUUAUCCAUUCUUAAUGAACCAUUUAUGCGACGAAUACUUUAUCAUUUAAUUCGUUAUCGGCUCAAAGAAUUAAAAACAAGAGUUCGAAUACCUUUACCCCAUACGAUUGGAAGAAUUGCAUUCGGUGUAAUCGAUGAAAAUCGUAAGCUUGAACCAGGUGAAAUAUUUUUUCAAUACUCUGAAUUGGAUUCGCAAAAUUGCCCGACCGGAAAAACAUUCAUUAUUGAAAAUGAAAUCGUAAUGGUAACAAAAUUUCCGUGCCUCUCGUUAGGCGAUGUUCGUAAAUUUCGAGCUGUCAAUAUACCUGGCCUAUCUCAUAUCAAAGAUUGUUUAGUAUUUCCUGCUAAAGGAGACAGACCGCAUACAGAUGAAAUGGGUGGAUCAGAUUUAGAUGGAGAUGAAUUUGCCAUCGUCUGGCGUUCAGAUCUGAUAUUUCCUGGUGAUAAUUAUAAACCAAUGGAUUUCACUGCAGAAUCAAGCCAAGAAUUAUCUAGUGAUCUUAGUAUCAACGACAUUGUUGAUUUUUAUUGUGAUUUUCUUCUGGAGAAUAAUGUCGGACAAAUAGCCAAUUGUCAUCUAAUGUUUUCAGAUUUCCAUCCGAAAGGAUUAUAUUCUGAAGAAUGUGAAGAAUUGGCCAAAAAAUAUAGUAUUUCAUUAGACUUUCAGAAAAAUGGCGUGAAUGCAACCUUGAAUAUGAAAUACAAACCGAACAAAAAUUGGGUUCGACCCGAUUUUAUGGAGAAACAUGAAUUUAAUAAUUGUUAUCUAUCAUCAAAAAUUCUGGGUCAAUUUUAUCGUAAUUGCCGUUUAUUAGAAAACAUGAUUUUUAUGUCUGAUCAUAAUUUGUUGUCAUUGGAAGAGAAUUCUUUUCAAAAACAACUCCCAAAUUUAACCAUAGAUGGUUGGACUAAAUUUCAAACUGAUGCCAAUGAAACGUUCAUCGAAUAUUGUCAUUUUGCCAUCGAAACAAUGGAAAUGAUGGGUAUAGAUUCUGAAGCUGCAAUGAUCAGCAAUGUUUAUGAAGAUAAAUCUGAUGCUUCGGGUUUGGUUUUUGAUAAAUUAUUUCAAUAUUUCAAUAAUAAAUAUAAAUUACAAGCGGAAACUAAAUCGGAAUCUGAAAGAUUGUUACUUACGUCAGCUUGGUAUACAAUUUGUUUCAAAAAAUGCCACCUUCUACAAUAUCAUUAUAGAAAUCAACCAUUGUUGGGUUUACCGUUUUUGAUACCUGACGAACUUAUCAAGUUGAUUGCGUAUAAACGAAAACAAGAUACACUUGAAGUUAAUAAGGAUAUCAUUUCGCCUUAUCCAUUAGAUGAUGGAAUAAUUCAAUUCACUUGCUAUUUGAUUAUGUAUUGGAUAGAUAAAUUUAAUGUUUUGUUUAAUUAUCAAAUGAAACCCGUUCUUACAAUUCAGAAACUUGACAAAUGGAUAACCAUCAGCGAAAGAGAAUUAUUGAAAAAUUUCAUUCAGAAAAAGCUUACUGAGAAGGACAUAACAAAGAUUCGUAACGAAUUUUCUAAUCAUUAUCAAUCGAAUGCAAUCAAUGAUCGCCAAAAAUCUAUAAUUUUAUUAUUUAAUUAUUUCUUGUAUUGGAUGUACGAUCUAUGUAAUUAUGCAAAUGAAAUUAUACGCACCAAACGAUUGGAUGAACUGAUGUUUUUAAGGUAUUCAGUAUUUGCAAUCGAUUUUGUAAAUAUAAUCAAUUCUGGCAUUCAACAUCGUCAUCUAUCUGGUCAGGAAUUGAGUGAAAUUUAUUGUAAACAGUUGGAUGACAAAUUUCAUAAAUUAAAUGCUAUUCAGCCUAAAAAAAGUAAAUUUUCCUUAAUAAAUGUCGUUCAACCCAUUGAUAAGAUGGAUUUAAAUUUUUUCAAAAAAAUUAAAUUGUUUACUGGGGCCAUCUAUAAAAUGGAUGUUUUUGAUCAAGAAAAUUUUCGUAUCAUGUCCGGAUCUUUUGAUGUGACAAAAUUUUAUAAAGAUCUUUCCGUAAUGCCACAAAGCUGGCUUCAUUAUCCAUACGAUGUCAAUAACAAAAAUUGUAACAAUUUGAAAUUAUAUCAGAUCGAAUAUUUUACAAUCGAAGUUAUUGGAUUUCGAUCAACCAUUUCAUUGUUACGAUUAUUAUUAGGACAUCCAGAUUUCUACAAAAAUAUAUAUCAAAAAAUUCAAUUGCCUACUCCUGAAAAUGUCAAGAUCUAUAAUGUAAAAUCUAACUGAAUUUAUCGAUAUGAUUGCUAGACAUAAAUUUCUUGCAAAAUUAUUCAACCAAACAAGAAGAAGAAAUUUAAUCUCCAAUUGAAAU